AUGGUGGAGCGCGUCAACUCCAACAUGCUGUUUGCCAAUUUCAAUCAGGACUUUACGUGCAUCUCCGUUGGCACGCGCAAAGGCUACAGCAUUAUUAACUGCGACCCCUUUGGCAGAGUCUACACUAUGAAUGAUGGCGCGCGGGGAAUCGUCGAGAUGCUGUUCUGUACAUCCCUCAUCGCCCUGGUGGGCGCCGCUGACUUCCCCCAAUCAAGUCCACGCAAGCUGCAGAUUGUUAAUACAAAGCGGCAAUCGAUGAUUUGUGAGCUCCUUUUUCCCUCCUCCAUCCUUGCCGUCAAGAUGAACCGCAAAACGCUUGUCAUCGUGCUCAAACUCGAGAUCUACAUUUAUGACAUCUCCAACAUGCGACUGUUACAUGUGAUAGAAACAACACCGAACGAAGAGGCUAUUGUUGCUCUCUCACCAUCGUCCGACAACUCUUACCUCGCUUAUCCGUCCCCCGUUCCAUCGCCUACCUCCCCCCUCGCACAGCCAUCUGUGCAGCCCUCUUCACCACCUCCUGCAAACCAACAGACGGGCGAUGUACUCCUGUUUUCGACGCGCUCGUUGUCCGUGGCAAACGUGAUCCAGGCGCACAAGUCACCAAUAUCGUUCCUCUCCAUCAACAGCACAGGCACGCUCCUUGCGACAGCGUCGGACAAGGGCACCGUCAUCCGUGUAUGGAGCAUCCCCGGCGCGGAGAAGCUAUACCAGUUCCGCAGGGGCACGCGCGAGGCGCGCAUAUACUCUAUCAGCUUCAACCUUGUCUCAACGCUCCUUGCGGUGAGCUCGGCGCACGAUACCGUACACAUCUUCAAGCUUGGUCAGCAGCAGAAGUCAGGGACAUCGAGCUCGAAGUCUGUCCCGAGUCCGUCGAGCCCGUCGGAGUCGCUGGACAGCCGCGAGGGCUCGCAGGGUCUUGAUGGUGGUUAUGAGGCGUAUGUUGACAAGAAGAAGACCGGGAGCGUCUCAUCGGCUUUGAGACGGAGAUCGAUGCAUCUAACGAAGAACCUUACGUCAUCUGUUGGAGGAUACCUCCCGAACACCUUGACGGAGAUGUGGGAGCCUUCGCGUGACUUCGCAUUCCUUAGGUUACCGACGAGCGGUGCGCGGUGUAUUGUUGCUCUCAGCGGGACGAUGCCGCAAGUAAUGGUAAUAUCGUCAGAAGGUUACUUCUAUUCAUACAACAUCGACUUAGAGAAUGGUGGGGAAUGCUCGCUACUAAAGCAAUAUAGCUUGCUAGACCCGAAUGAUGAGUCUGCCAACGACUGA